AUGAGCGAAAAAAUUCAAAUAAGUAAAACUAAAGAUGUAUCGGAUGAAGCUCAUCAGGUAUUAAUAGUUGAUGGAAGUGACGUUCAAACAAAGGUUGGUCAUGUUGCAAAAUUUCAUCCAAGUGGAGAACAAAAUAUUGUAGUUGAUGAAAUAGUUCAAUAUAAAAAACCGAAAGAAAAUAAUGAAUUUAUUGGAUUAACUGCUGAGGAAUUAAAAGCAUAUAUAAAUGAUCCAAAAUGGAAACGUAUUCGUUUAAUAAUUGCAUUAUUAUAUAUUUUAUUACUUAUAGCACUUCUAAUUGGUUCAAUUCUUUUAAUUAUAUACACUCAACGUUGUCCACCGAAACCUGUACUUGAAUGGUAUCAAAAAGAUAUUAUUUAUGAAAUUGAUGUAUCAACAUUUCGCGAUUCGAAUGGUGAUGGAAUUGGAGAUAUUAAAGGUAUUCAAGAAAAAUUACCUUAUUUUGAAAAAAAUAAUAUUAAAUCAAUUCUUUUACAAUCAUCAAUAUUCAAUGUCUCAGGUGGUACAUCAAUUAAAUUAGAUGGACAAAUUCCUCAUGAUAAAAAUAUCGAUUUAAAGGUAGUUGAUCCAAAUGUUGGAGGCGAUAAUGAUUUACAAGAAUUAGCAAAAAUUCUUAAUCGAAAAGAUAUGCGUUUGAUAAUUGAUUUACCAUUAGCAUCGACACACGAUCCCAAUGGUGUUUUAUGGUAUGGUUCUUUAUCUCUUCCUUCAAAAAUCGAACAACCAUGUCGUGGAGGAACUGAUAAUCUUGGUUGUCAGUAUUUGACAUCAUAUGGUCGAUUACCACUUGAUUUUAACCAAGAGGAAGUAUCCUCGGCAGCAGACGAUCGUAUUCGUUAUUGGUUAUCAACCAAGAAAAUUGAUGGAAUUCGUGUUAAUCUUCCACUUGAAUAUAAUCAACAAACUCGUUUAUAUACCAUCUCAUAUCGUACAAUUAAACAUUGGUCUGAAAUUAAAACUGAAAUUGAAAAAGCAGCUAAACCAAAAUUAUUUUUAUUUGAUAUACCAUUUGGUUUACAACGUUCAAUUGAAACUGAUGAUUUACACAAUAAAACCGCACAUUCAUUAUUUUUAUUAGAUCCAUCACAAAGAUCAAAUAUCAAUGCUGAGUCAUUGAAUACAAGAAUACAAUCAUUUGAGAAUAAUAAUAGACCUAAACCACAAUUUUGGCAGUUAGGAUCAAUACGAAAAAGUGAUGAUAUUGGUACUAUCAAUGAAAAUCAAUUAUCAAAAGAAAUGAUUUUAACUAUGGGUAUGUUAUUUGGUGGAACACCAAUUAUACUUUAUGGAGAAGAAAUUGGUCUUGAUCAAAAAUCUACACCUUUAAUGUCAUGGACAUCUGAUAGUGUAACCGGAGGAUUUUGUGCACGAAAUGCAGCAGAUUGUGAAAAUCAUUUGAAAAAUAAUUAUAAAAUAGCUAAAACAAGUGUUAAACGUCAAGAAGCAUUAGGUGGUGUAAAGAGAGAUUCCUUAUUAACUGUUUUUCGUCAUUUGGCUAAAUUACGUCAACAAGAAUCAUUUCAAUUUGGUGUAUUAGAAACAGGUUUUCAUGCCGAUUCAAAUUCAUUUUGGUUUAUAAGAGAAGCACCUGGUCAUCGAGGAUAUGUUGUUUUAUUCAAUUUAAAGAAACAAAAAGAGGGUAUUGCUCAUAUAUCAUUACGCGAAUUAACAGAACAUGAUGUACCACAUCAUGUUCAUUAUGAAUAUCAAUGGCCAACUGCAUAUUUACCAACAUCAAACGAUACUCAUAUUGAUUCGGAUAAUUUACUAAUUCAUCCUCAAUCAAUUAAUAUAUUUUGGUGGACAGCAAAACUUAUUAAACCAAAUGUUUUAUUUAAAAAUGCAAAAGAACAUACACACACGCAUUAA